GUCGACUCGCGGGGAGCGCCUCGGAUGAACCGCGAGCUUUCGAGUGGGGAAAGCACCAAGAGCGAGCGCUUUUAGACGGGAGCCGGCGCCAUGGACGAGUCCUCCGAGCCGCUGCUGCGGCGCCUCCAGCCCGUGGCCGACCGCGACCGGGCGCGCGCGCACGCUCCCGAUGACCCCAGGCUGCGAAGGUAGCGGUGUCGUCCUCCCGGGGGGAAAACGCGCGCAUUCGGCGUGAGGACCCACGACCCCCCCCUCCCUCCCUCCCUCACCCCUCCUCCCCCCGACUGGCACGGAGACGAGUGCGAGAGGCCGAGAGCAAGGGAACGUGGGAAACAGGAAGACGAUGUACGGAACGCUGCUCCUCGCCUCGUCCCUCUUCAUCCUUCAUGCGAUGGGCACCUCCCAGUUCAUCGCUCACCACGGGAGGAGGGCGUGCGGCCGAGACCUCCGUCACAACGUCGUCACGGCAACGGAGUCCUACAUCCAGCCCGUGCACAAGCCCCUCAUCACCCUGUGUCAGGGGCAUCGCCUCUGCAGCACCUACAAGACCGUUUACUCGCUGGCGUACCGGCAGGUGAGCCGGGUGGCGUCUUCGUCCUACUUCUACCCGGACUGCUGCCCCGGCUGGACGAGACGUCACUCUCACAACUGCAAUCAAGCUGUGUGUCAGCCGGCCUGUGUGAACGGAGGCACCUGCCUGAGGCCCAACCGGUGCUCCUGUCCGCCCGGCUGGACGGGCCCCCGGUGCCAGACAGACGUGGACGAGUGCGGCGAGCGGCGCCCGUGCGCCCAGGAGUGCGUGAACUCAGCCGGCAGCUACCGGUGCGGCUGCGGAGGCGGGUUCUCGCUCGCCGGAGACGGCCGGUCCUGUCAAAGCCUUCCUCCUCCUCCUCCUCCUCCAUCUCCCACCCAGUCGACAGCGGGUGGACGCGCUGACACGGGUGGAGGCUCCAGCCUGGCCCAGAACGUGACGGAGGAGGUUCAGAGCCUGAGGAACAGAGUGGAGCUCCUGGAAAAGAAGCUGCAGCUGGUGCUGGCCCCCUUCAGCAGCCUCUUCCCGCUGUCACUGGACGACGGCGCGUCAGAGAAAACCACCUUGCUCUCCCACUCGUUCCAGCAACUGGACCGCAUCGACUCCCUCAGUGAGCAGAUCGGCUUCUUGGAGGAGCGCCUCGGCACAUGUUCGUGCCAGGAGAACUAACCAGAAGAGUCGGCCACGACGGAAAGCAGCAACAGCCCAUCAAGCGCGACAGCUCUCUACUUCCAGGUUUAUUUACUUAUCCCCUUGAAUCACCGUCAAAUUCUGGAUUCGCUAAGAAAAACCUGUGGCGGGUCGCUUGAACCAUGACAUCAUCCCUGUAACAUUUAAAUCGAAGCCUCAAAAGGUGAAAAGUCAAACUGGCCAGUUUGUUGUUCAGUGUUUGCUUUGCAUCAGUGCAGCCGUAACCUCUGUCUGAGCCCUCCACUGAGCCGGGGCCGCAGACACCUGUAUUUAUGGAUUUAAAUUAAGAUUUAGCUUAGUCAUAUGGAAGUGCCAUAAUGAGGACGUGUUUACCUAGUUUUGUACCAUUUUGUAAUAAAAGUCAUAAUCAAAACGUG